CAAAGCGACAAGGGUGGUGGACAGUGCACACAACAAGCAACUGCUUGGCAAACAAAGAUGCACGUUUGUGCGCUGCGAUCGUGUGGGAAGGCGAUUGAUGAAGCUGCUGCUCAAGUGGCGACCACGGCGAACAUCAGGGGACUGACAGCUGCGCUCAAGGCAGGCAAGACAGCCGUCAACUGGAAGGUGGUUGGCCGAAACACGGGUGAUGCCUACUUCCACCGUGCGUGCUUCGAUGCGCUCCAGGCUUCUUUGAGGCGAAGAAGGGGCAACCGAUCCACCGCUGCCUUGGAGACAAAGCGGGCCAAGCGUGGCAACGACGGCGUGCAGGCAAACACAGAUGGCCCAGCAGGAUCUGUGAUGGAGAGUGGGUUGCGUCGGAGCAGCCGUCUUCGGCGAGCGCCAGCAACAACCGCAGAAGCGAAAUCAACCGCUGCAUUGUCGCCGCUGUCACGGGAAUCGUUUGACGAAGGACCCCAACUCACUGGCCGGGAGCGAGCUGUGUUCGAGGAGGCCAUGUCCACCGCCGAGUACACUGACAGCUUGGAGGAUAUCAAAGCAAAGGCAGCUGCCGUGGCGUCGCUGAUCAAGGACAUCAAUGCGGCCCAUAGUGAUGGUGGUGUGUGUUUCUUCACAGGCGCUGGCAUCUCCACCAAUGCCGGCAUUGGCGACUACCGCGGGCGAAAGGGUAAGUGGACCGAGGAAGACACGGGCGUGACAACAGACGAAGAUGGCGGAAUUGAUUACGAGGCGCUGCGUCCAACAUUCACCCAUGAAGCCAUUGCCAAGAUGGUUGGUGACAACACUGCUGCGUUCGUCAUCACCCAGAACUGUGAUUGCCUGCACGGCCUAUCUGGCGUACCAGCAGACAAGCUGGCCGAACUCCACGGAAAUGUGUUUGUGGAGGUAUGCAGCCGUUGUCGCACGCGAUACAUGUGCUCGCAGUAUGUGCUCGACGAUGAGUCUGAGGCAGUGGUGGAGAGCGGCAAGAUUCCCAAAGGGUCACACGUUGAAGUUUGCCCGACGUGUGGCUUGAACCAUUUCACCGGCCGCUAUUGCAGUCGAACCAUCCAGGGGAAACGGUGUAACGGCAAGCUGAAGGAUACAAUCAUCAACUUUGGAGAUGAUUUGGAGGAGCCCAUCUUGACGGCGGCGGAACGAGCAGCGGCAAAGUGCAAACUCAUGAUUUCGCUCGGCAGCUCGAUGACCGUGACUCCCGCCAACUCCCUCGUCGACACCGCACCAAAGCUCGUCGUUGUCAACAGACAGCUCACCGACUACGACAAGAAAGCAAAACGCACUGCUCGUGUGUUUGCUGACACGGACACAUUCAUGCGUCUCCUAAUGGAGCACCUGCUGCCGGAUAAGGAGCUUGAGCGCUGGGACGAAUUUGUGGAGAAGACGAAGAGACGGUCCUACGAUGCAGCACGACAGCCCGACGCAAAACCCAUCGUCAUCCCGCAGCCGCACGCAUAACACAUCACCGCCGACCACCAGCACCACUUGUGUGUGUGUGUGUGUGUGUGUGUGUGUGUGUGUGUGUGUGUUUGUUGUGUGUGUGUCUGUCUGUGUGUGUCUGUGUGUGUGUCUGUGUGUGUGUGUGUGUUUG